AUGAUCGAGAAACUCCACGGUCUCACCGAACGCGAAGAUGCGCCCGUCAAGAAACGCAAGGCCCAGGCACUCGACGAGGAUGCAGAUGACGACCAGAAGAAGAAGGCAAAAGGCACAUUCCAAAACGACGGCGGCGGUUUUAUGACCGAACACCUCAAGGAACAACGCAAGAAGCAGGCGGCUGAAAAUCCCACCUCGAAUGGCGCUGAGACUAUCGACCUGACCAACGACGACGACGAAGUGCAAUUCAUCAAAGAGAACAUCAACGAGCGUGUGUGCUUGGGUGUGCUGAACGGAGCGGCAAAUGUCUUCCGAAUCCCGGCGGUUUCGCAAAACGCUGAGAGGGCUUUCAGGGACCGCUGGCCUCGUAUCAAAGUCACGUACGAACGUCUGUUAUCCGGUAACACCAUCAUUCAUCUUGUCGACCGGUCUGGUGCCAAGUUCGCCAACCUGGAACUGAAGCUCGCCGCUGCUCUCUGCAAAUUACUGGCCGGCGCCUCCAUGACCAAGUUUGAGAUGAAGGUCUUCUUGGUGGAUCGCGAGAAGGGUAACGAGAGGGCGGGGGAUCGCGUGUCGCAGUCAAUGAGAGUCGAGGUCAUCUUGUAUGCUCCUCUGCGAGUGGCCAAGCAGAUUGGGACAUUUCUUUCCCGAAGCCAGCUGUUCCUCAGCACCCCAACCGCCAACCCAAACACGCAGGUCUUCAACCCACAGGAACCAAAGCCACUCGGUGGUCCCGCAAGAUCUGGGAAUCAGCAGAUAACAAGUGCAGGAAGUGGUGGACGCACUGUCGAACAGAUUCUGCGCGAGACCAGCUCCAUGUUCGACAGUCUGACCAAGGACGAGGACCUGCCCGACAUGGAAGCCGACUCGAGCAUCAUCACCAGCCCUUUGAUGGAUCAUCAGAAGAAGGCUCUACACUUCCUCAUGGACCGGGAACGCAGUGAUUACGAGGGCCAAGAGCUUCCGUCCCACUCGCUGUGGAAGUACCGAAGCAAAGACAAUGGCCGUCCGUCCUGGUACCAUCUCAUCACGGAUCAGGUCGUCUUCGAGAAGCCAAACUACCUGCAGGGCGGCAUCUUAGCUGAUGUAAUGGGUCUUGGAAAGACCCUCAGCAUCCUUGCUCUCGUUGCAGAGACCCGUGAGGCCGCACGACGGUUCCGCAGAGAGGGCCCGGAAGACAGGGAUGGCCAACUCACCAACUCGAAAGCAACUCUCAUCAUCUGUCCCAAGUCGGUGCUUUCCAACUGGCAAGAGCAGAUCCGAAACCAUUCUGCUCACGGCAAGUUCAAGAUCUACACCUACCACGGCACAUCUCGCAUUCAGGAUGUAGACAAGCUGUCCAGGUUCGAUGUCGUCCUGACUUCGUACAACACUGCCGCGACUGAGUUGCAUGGCAAGAAGUCUGGAUUGAGGGAUAUCAACUGGUUCAGAGUGGUGCUGGAUGAGGCCCACCACAUCCGCAAUCCUACGACGAAUGUUGCAAAGGCUUGUUGUGCCCUCAACGCCCAGCGUCGAUGGGCAAUGACAGGAACUCCCGUGCAGAACUCGCUGCAGGACUUGGGAGCUCUGUUCAAAUUCCUCCAUCUCCCUCCGUUCGACUCCUCUGUCGUCUGGUCGCAAUACAUUACCACGCCAUUCAAGUCCGGAGACGCCAAGGUGGUCGAGCAACUUCAAAUCCUGGUACGAAGCGUGACCCUGCGGCGUACCAAGAACACCAUCAAUCUGCCAGACAAGAAGGUCGAGCGUGUUCGGCUCAACUUCAGCGCCGAUGAGAGGCGUCUGUACACGCAAUUCGCCACCAAGGCUGGUCUCGAGCUUAGUGGUAUUACGCAAGCAGGCGGUAGACUCAGAGGCAAGGCUUAUGCCCAUAUCCUAAAGUCUCUCAGCCGGCUUCGCGCUAUUUGCGCUCAUGGCAGGGAGAUGCUGCACAAGGAAGACCUGGAGGAGAUUGAGGCGCGGGAUGACGACGGCGUCAUCAUGCUGGACAUUGGAGUCGAGGAUGCGGAGACUGAAGAGAGCUUCGUCAGUGAGAGAUCUGCCUAUGACCACUUGAUUACCUUCUCCGACAGCGAAGCGGAUAUGUGUCAGUCUUGCGGGUCCAGAAUCGUCUCAAAGGAGAACGAUGAGGAGGACGAGGAUGCCGAGGGCGAGUCUGACUCCGAGGACGACGAAGAGGGGGGCAACGAUCUCGUGGGCCACCUCACUCCAUGUUUGCAUCUCAUCUGCACCAAGUGCACAGAGCGCUUUGAGAAGGAGGUCCAGCAAACCCUGACUAAGGACAACCACCACACUUGUCCUUACUGCACGGCACACGUCAAAUUCGAGCUCUUUCCGCUGCGCAAGUCUAUCUUGGAACGCAUUAAAGCAGAACGCAAGGAGAACCGAGGCAAGGCGACUGGGGCGAAGUGGGACGAAGACACCUACAGCGGUCCGAGCACCAAGGUCAAAGAACUCCUUCGAGAACUACAGCAGUCCGCCGAGGAGACAGAGCAGUUACCACACGGCGAGCCACCGAUCCGCUCGGUCGUGUUCAGCGGCUUUACUCAAUACCUGGACCUCAUCGAAUACGCUCUUGACAACGCGGAGAUUGGCUGCACUCGCAUCGACGGCACCAUGUCAGUCAAGCAGCGUUCCCAAGCUCUGCACGCGUUCAACACCGUCGAUUCGGUGAGAGUGCUGCUUGUGUCCAUCAAAGCUGGCGGUCAAGGUCUCAACUUCACCUCCGCCAACAAGGCGUACGUGAUGGAACCGGGCUACAACCCAGCCGCCGAGCAGCAAGCCGUCGACCGCGUUCACCGUAUCGGCCAGAAGAGAGACGUCACAAUCAAGCACUUCAUCAUGGCAGAUUCCAUCGAGAACCACAUUCUCAAACUGCAGAAGAGGAAGGAAGCCAUUGCCAAGAUGUCCAUGGACAACAAAAAGACCCGUCCGCAGGAGGCGAAGGAGAGGAUGGCUGAGCUGAUGGAGCUCUUUGAUCAGACCAACAACAAGAAGAAGAGAUAA